UCGCAACGUCCUCCAGCAGCCUUUUUGCAAGGAAAACGUCGCAGGCGAAGGAAACCAGCUGCACGUUUUCAAGUCCUGGCUCCCCGAAUUGCACCAGAAUCUCCAAUUCUCAGGAACUCCGGGGCAGUUUCGUAACCCGACCUCCUUGGGUCGUGCCAAGACUCGGCAGCCCCUACCCCAUCCCCCUUCCACGAGAUUUUUGCCGAAUCAGCUGAAAUCAGCCCAAAUCAGCCCUUUUCGGAGCCAAUUCCUUCUCCUGCUGCUCUCAGGGGGAGCUCCGCGAGGAGAUUCUCAGGAAAACACAGCUAAGCCCCGUCUGGUUAUAAAAAGGGAGAGUUUGGGACCAACCCUGCACUUUUUUUCUUCAUCCAUCCUCACGUGUCCAUGGGCUUCGGGGAGAGGAACGAGAGACGCUGAUCGGAGCCUGCCGCGAUGGCGAUGGGCAGGAUGUGGCGGCUCCCGGCUUGGCUGGCUCUUUUCUGUGGUCUUUCCACCGCCACUUUCCGUGGCAAGGAAUUCUUCACUGCCUUCCCGCAGAACAACGAUGAAAGCAUCUACCCCGACCUCCAGCUCGUCUUCACGGCUUACUUCACCUCCACCAAGGUGACGGUGACGGCGCACGGUGGCACCUUCACCCACGCCGUCACCCUCGGCAAAGCCGAAAAGGUUUCCGUCCGCAUCCCCAGCAACAUGGAGAUCGUCGGCACCCAGAUUUCGGAUAAAGUCAUCUCCGUUCAGUCCACCGAGGAGAUCUCCGUGGUCUCUGUCAACGCCAAAAAGCACACCGUGGGUGCCGCCACCGUCUUGCCCGUAGAGAAGUUGGGCGACCAAUACUACCUGGUGACGCCGGAGGACACCAGGGUGGACGGCGUGAAGGAGUUUGUUGUGGUGGCUGGGAAGACUUCGGCCCGAGUUUCCAUCGACGUCAAAGGCCAGUUUUAUUACAACGAGAGGAAUUACUCCCCUGGGUCCACCCUCCGCAUCUUCUUGCACCCCUACCACAGCUUCCAACUGCAAAGCAGCUACGAUUUGUCCGGCACCAAGAUCACGUCGGACAACGCCGUCGCGGUCCUCAGCGGACACAGCUGCGUGAAGGUUCACACCGCCUGCGAUUACGUCGUUGAGCAGCUUCUGCCGGUCGCCGCGUGGGGGAAACUCUACGUCGUCCCCCCCGACCCCUUGCAGAAGAACGUGGACUUCGUCUACGUUGUGGCGGCUGAGGAAGCCUCCAUCACCUACAACACGGGUACUUCGGUCGCCACCAAGGACAUCGCGGCCGGGGAGGUCCAGAAGUUCAACGUUAACCAAAAUUUGUUUCUUUAUGUGAGUGCUUCGGCUCCAAUUCAGGUGGUUUUCUUCUUCACCGGUGCCCAUAACGGCUUGAUUGGGCAAGACCCCUUCCUACUCAACAUCCCACCCGUCUCCACCUACUGCCCAUCCUACCGGGUCAGCAGCUUGGACGACUACGAGAACCACGUGGUCCUCAUCGCCCGUAACGCCGACGCCAAGGCCGUCACCCUCAACCAGAAGACGGACAGUACCAUCUCCUGGCAAGCGAUUCCCGGCACGGACUUCUCCUGGGCCACCGUCACCACGAGCGGGCCGGGAGAAAUCCAGAGCGCCGAGCACCGGUGGGCACCCCUUGGGCUCCUGGUCUUCGGCUUCCAGAAUUACGCCGGUUAUGGCUUCGCUGGUCUUUGCGCCGCGACUUCUGCUCCACAUUCCUGUGAAGAUGAGGGCUGCGAGAACUAUGAGAUAGUGGACGGGGGACCCAGGUACACCCAAGAAUCUUCCUCGACCUGCUGGGCCACCGGCGAUCCCCACUACCAAACCUUUGAUGGGAAAGCCUUUGAUUUCAUGGGCACGUGCACCUACACCUUGACCAAGACCUGUGAUUCGGAUCCGACCCUGCCUGUCUUCAGCGUCGAGGCCAGAAACCAACAGAGGGGUAACCCAAAAGUCUCCUACAUCGACUCCGUGACCAUCUGUGUCUAUGACAUUACCAUCACCGUGGUCAGGUCUGAGAAUGGGAUCGUGAGGGUGAACAACCAUCGCUCCCAUCUCCCCAUCUCCCUCGCCCAAGGGAAACUUCACCUGCAGCAGAAGGGCAAGUCCGUGCUGAUUAAAACUGACUUCAAGCUGAAGAUCCUCUACAACUGGGAUGACCACGUGGUGGUGAAGCUCCCCAGCACGCUCUUCGGCAAAGUGUGCGGGCUGUGCGGCAACAGCAACGGCAAAGCCUUCGACGACGCCCUCAUGCCCGACGGCAACCUGGCGCAGAACCCCGUGGAGCUGGGCCAGAGCUGGAAGGUGCCCAAGAGCCAUCGCUGCUGGGACAGCUGUAGCGGAGACUGCAGACGUUGCCGACGGGACGAAGAGGCAAAGUACAUCGGGGAGACGUCGUGUGGGUUGCUCACCCAACGCUCGGGGCCGUUCGCGCGCUGCCACGCCGUCAUCAGCCCCGACGUCUACCGGAAAAACUGCAUCUACGACCUCUGCAUGAACGACGGGCUCCACAUGAAGCUGUGCCAAGCCCUCAAAGCCUACGCGGAUGACUGCCAGGAGGAGGGAAUCACCGUUUCUGGCUGGAGGACGCUGGCACAUUGUCCUCUCUCCUGCCCGAAGAACAGCAACUCCACCGCGUGCGGCACCGCCUGCCCCGCCACCUGCAACGCCGGCGCGAUGCCCGCCGACUGCGCCGCCUCCGCCUGCGUGGAGACCUGCGAGUGCCAGGAGGGCUUCGUGUUUGACGCCGACGAGUGCAUCCCCCGAGGCGAGUGCGGCUGCGUCUUCGAAGGUCUCCUCCACGGCCUCCACGAAGAGUUUUGGGGCGACAGCACCUGCACCAAGCGCUGCAUCUGCGAUGCGAAAUCCCGGAGGGCCGUGUGCCGUUCGGCCAGCUGCCGUGCCGAGGAAGAGUGCCGGGUGGAGGACGGCGUUCAGGAUUGCUAUCCCAAGAGAUACGGGACCUGCGCGGCGACCGGUGCCACCCACUACGAGAGCUUCGAUGGUGGGAAGUUCAUCUUCCAGGGUACGUGCAUGUACCAGUUCGCUGGGUUGUGCCAGAAGAACCAAGGUUUGGUGGACUUCCAGGUGCUGGUGCAGAACGGCCGCCAGGACAACGAACUUCUGUCCUCCAUCGCUCUCGUGGUGGUCAAAGUCUACGGCAAAACCAUUGCGAUCAGCCAGGAACACCCCGGCAAAAUCACGAUCAACGACCGGUUGGUCAACCUACCGUAUUACCAGAGAGAUAGGAAGAUCUCCGCCUACAGAGAUGGGCAGGAAGCGGUGGUAGAGACAGACUUUGGCCUCGCUGUCACCUACGACUGGCAAAGCCGCGUCACCGUGUCGGUGCCCAGCACUUACGCAAACACCCUGUGCGGCCUCUGCGGGAACUACAACGGGAAGGCGGGUGACGAGAUGAUGACGAAGGACGGCCAAGUGACGUCAAACCCCGACGCCUUUGGGCGCAGCUGGAAGGCGACCGACGUCCCAGGUUGCGUGGAGCUGUCGAAGGUGGAAUGUCCUACCAUGGCGGCGGCUCUGCAGCGCCAGGAGGUCUCGAAGUUGGGUUGUGGGAUCAUUCCGCAAGUGGACGGACCCUUCGUAGCUUGCCACGCUCGCGUAGAUGCCAACAAAUACUUCCAAAACUGCGUGCACGAUUUUUGCCUCUUUCCGCACCAAGAAGCUGCGAUAUGCCGGAUCAUCGCCCGUUAUGCCGCUGCCUGCCAGGCUGCCGGCGUGAUCAUCGGGAAGUGGAGGACAGACGAUUUCUGCAGUAUUUCGUGUCCUGCGAACAGCCACUACGAGAUCUGCUCCCAGACCUGCAGGCAGACCUGCAGCAGCAUCUACACCCCGGCGAAGUGCUCAGAGCGGUGCAGGGAGGGCUGCGUGUGCAACGACGGCUUUGUGCUCAGCGGUGACCAGUGCGUCCCCAUUUCCCAGUGCGGGUGCCUCCAUCGGGGCUUCUACUACAAGGCGGAGGAGACCUUCUUCCCCACCAAGCAGGAGAAAUGUCAGUGCCAGGCUGGCGGCGGCGUCAACUGCCAAGAAGUUCCUUGCCCUGGAGACAGCGAAGGCAAACUCAUCGACGGCGUCUUCCAAUGCCAACCCGCCACGCCCAGGGUCUGCGUAGCCACCGGUGACCGCAACUAUCUCUCCUUCGACGGGCUGGCUUUCAACAUCUCGGGCACCUGCUCCUACGUCCUCACGAAGACCUGCGGCGGUGACAACGUCAAACCAUUCGUUGUGAAAAUCGAGAAGGACGGCCGGCAGAAGAGGAAGGUCUCCGGCAUCCAAGCGUUGUCCGUUGAAGUCUACGGGCUCACGUUGACCUUGACACGAGGCAAGAAGGGAGAUGUCAUGGUGGACUCCAUACUCCACCACCUCCCGGCCAUCCUGAGCAAGGGACGGGUCCGGGUGCACCAACACGGGACGGGCGUCCUGCUUCAGACUGACUUCGGCCUCGUCGUAGGCUAUGACCUCCACCACCACGUGACGGCCACAGUCCCGCAGAGCUACCAGGGCCACCUUUGCGGGCUCUGUGGCAACUACAACGGGCAACAAGAGGACGAUUUCCGCCUCCCCGGUGGCCAACAGGCCGCCGACGCGGUGGUCUUCGGUUCUGCCUGGAAAACUUCCGACGCGUCUUGCAGCGAUGACUGCCCCAAGGACAAGUGCCCCGUCUGCACGGAGGAGAAGAAGGUAGUCCUCCAGAAACCCAACUACUGCGGCAUCCUCACGUUACCGAAGGGUCCCUUCGACUCCUGCCGCAACCUCGUCGAGCCAGACCUAUAUUUCCAAGCCUGCCUCCACGAUCUUUGCCUCACCGGAGGGGACACCCGUGUCCUCUGCCAGAGCAUCCAGAGCUACGCCGCUGCUUGCCAAGACGCCGGUGGCGUCAUCGCGGCUUGGAGAAGACCGUCCUUCUGCCCCCUCAGCUGCCCGGCCAACAGCAACUACUCCCUCUGCACCAACCUCUGCGUCAACAGUUGCACGGGGCUCGUGGAUUCUUCUAAAUGCCCCAAAACCUGUGUCGAAGGCUGCCACUGCAAUAAAGGGUUCAUCUUUGAUGGGCACGGCUGCGUUCCCGAGGACAAAUGUGGAUGCUUUGUGGAUGGGAAAUAUUAUAAGCCCCACGAGUCGGUCUUGAAGGAUAACUGCCAGCAGCGUUGCACGUGUGUCCCCGGCAAGGGCUUGACUUGCAGCAGCCACAGCUGCACCGAUGAUGAAACCUGUGAAAUCCGGGAUGGGAUCUUGGGUUGCAUCAAUCAAAACCCCUGCAAAGCCCUUCGGUGCCGGCCCAAGGAGAGGUGCAAGUUGAAGGGUGGCCAAGCCAAGUGCGUCCCAGCCCUGGUUGCCAGCUGCUGGGCUUGGGGGGACCCCCACUACCACACCUUCGACGGGCUCGAUUUCGACUUCCAAGGCACUUGCACCUACACCAUAGCCGAAUCCUGCGGGAACGACACCGGACUGGUGCCCUUCAAGGUGGAAGGCAAGAACGACAUCCGUGGUGGGGUGAAAUCUAUCUCCUACGUGAGCUUGGCCAACGUCAAGGUCUACGGCCAACACGUCUCCAUCCACCUGAGGGAAGUGGGCAAAGUCAGGGUGAACGGCGUGGUGACGCUGCUCCCGGUAAGCCUGGAAGAUGGCAAGGUGCAGGUCUUCCAGAGCGGGCUCAGAGCCGUGCUGGAGACAGAUUUUGGGCUCCGGGUAACGUACGACUGGAACUGGCAUCUGCUUCUCGACCUCCCCAGCAGCUACUACAAACACACUUGCGGUCUCUGCGGCAAUUUCAACCUCAAGCCCGAGGACGACGUCCCCGAGAGCGGCAGCGACCUCAACGCCUUGGUGGCCUGGGCCGGAGGCUGGAAAGUCCUCGACGACGACGACCCGUUUUGUUGGGAUUAUUGCGAAGGCACCUGCCCGGUGUGCGAGGAGGAGAAAAAAGAGCUGUACGGGGGCAACCAGUACUGCGGUCUCAUCAAAAAAAGCUUCCAGGGGCCCUUCAAGGCUUGUCACAACGUCGUCAAGCCCCGGGAGUUCUACCGCAACUGCCUCUACGACGUGUGCAUGAGCAACGGGGCAAAAAAAAUCCUCUGCCAGGUGCUGGAGGCUUAUGCGUCCACCUGCAAGAAGCACGGAGCCGUCGUGCAUGACUGGAGGACGCCGUCGGGCUGCCCGUUACCCUGCCCCAAAAACAGCCACUAUGAAGCCUGUGGCAACGCCUGCCCGGCCACGUGCGCCAACCAGGACGCGCCCGCCACUUGCAGCCAACCCUGCGUGGAAACCUGCGCCUGCAACGAGGGCUACGUCCUCAGCGGCGGCCAAUGCGUGGCGGUGGCCAGCUGCGGCUGCACCCACGACGGUCGUUACUACCGUCCCGGCGAAGAGUUUUGGGCCGACGAGACCUGCAAGUCUCGGUGCAGGUGUGACGCCGAUUUGGGCAUGGUGGUGUGCAAGGAAGCCGGUUGCAAGUCGGGCGAGAGGUGUGCCGUGGUGAAGGGCGUGCGGCAGUGCGUGGCCAAGAGCCGCUCCGUCUGCGUGGCCACCGGCGACCCCCAUUACACCACCUUCGACGGGCGCCGCUAUGAUUUCAUGGGCACCUGCGUCUACCGGUUGGCCGGCCUCUGCUCUGACGACCCCACCCUCGUCCCCUUCACCGUCACCGUGGAGAAUAACAACCGGGGCAGCCGCGUGGUCUCCUACACCAAGGAGGUCACCUUGACGGUCUACAACAUGACCCUCAGCCUCAGCCAGGCGCACCCCAAGAAGCUCAAGGUCAACGGGAUCCUGGUGGAUCUGCCCUUCAGCCACGGCAACAAGCUCCACGUCUACCUCAGUGGCUUCCACGGCUUCAUCAAAACCGACUUUGACGUCAUCGUCACCUUCGACUGGUACAGCUACGCCAGGGUCAUCCUCCCCAACACCUACUCGGAGGCCGUCUGCGGCCUCUGCGGCAACGCCAAUGGCGACCCCGAGGACGACUUCACUUUGGCCAACGGGCGGCCGGCUACGGACGAAAUCCAAUUUGCCGACUCCUGGAAAGUGGCCGACGUCCCCGGUUGCUGGGCCGGUUGCACCAAGGAUUGCAAAUUUUGCACCGAAGCGGAGAAACGCGCCUACCGGGGCAACAAACACUGCGGGUUCCUGAUUAAGAAGGACGGACCCUUCGGCGCCUGCCACAGCGCCAUCGACCCGGCUCCCUACUUUGACGAUUGUCUCUUCGACACUUGCCUCUACAAGGGGCAUCAGGAAACCGUCUGCAGCUCCAUCAGCGCCUACGUCACCGCCUGCCAGAGCCAGGGCAUCCGCAUCAAGCCGUGGCGCACUGCCGCCUUCUGCAGCCCCACCUGCCCCCCGAACCAACACUACGAACUCUGCGGCGCAGCCUGCCCGGCCACGUGCCGCGGCCAGACGGAAGCGGAAGAAUGCAAAGAAGCCAAGUUCUGCGCCGAAGGCUGCUUCUGCAACGAAGGUUUCCUCCUGAGCGGCGACCGUUGCGUCCCCUUGGCCCAGUGCGGUUGCUUGCACGAAGGGCGCUACUACAAAACGGGCGACGAAUUUUUCGCCUGCCCUCGUUGCAGCGAGCGUUGCGUUUGCCAAAAAACCGGGACGGUGGAGUGCCGGCCGGCGGGUUGCGCCGCGGGCGAAGCGUGCACGGUGCGGGACGGGGUGCGGGGUUGUUACCCCGAGGCGUGCGGGCGCUGCGAGGUGCUGGGUGCCGUUUCGUACAGAACUUUCGACGGGCGACUGCUGCGUUUCGCCGGCACCUGCACCUACACGUUGGCGACGGCCGAGGAUGCCGAUCCCGAGCGUCCGCUGGUGCCGUUCACGGUGGAGGUGGAGAAGGAGAGCGGGAAGGAAGGAGCGACGUUGAUCCGCCGGCUGGCGGUCACCGUGCGCGGAGUCACCGUCAGCAUGAGCAGGGGCACCAAGUGGGAGGUGGCGGUGGACGGCGAGCGGCACCUCCUGCCCCUGACGCUGCCCGGGGGGACGGUCACGGUGUCCCAGGAGGGCACCCACCGGGUGCUGCGGGUGCCGGGCGGUCCCAAAUUCCUCUACGACGGCGACUCCUACGCGCUGCUCACCCUCCCCGACACCUACCGCCGCCGCACCGAGGGUCUUUGCGGCAACUUCGACGGCGACGCCGACGACGAACCCGCCGCCCCCCAGGAGCUGGGUGCCGCUUGGGGCACCCUCACCCCCUCCUGCACCCACGGGACCCCCCCUCCCACCUGCCCUUCCACCGAUCCGGGACCUUGCGGGGUGCUGGCGGAGAAGACGGGACCUUUCGCUGGGUGCCACGGGGUGGUGGCCCCCCAAGAGCACGUGGCUGGGUGCACGCGAGAGCGGUGCGGUCGCUUGGGCGCAGGAGCGCUGUGUCGCAGCUUGCAAGCCUACGCCGCGGCGUGCCAAGCCGCCGGCGGGCAGCUGCAAGAGUGGCGGACGGCUGCCAACUGCCCCCUCUCCUGCCCUCCCAACAGCCACUACGAGCUCUGCACCCGCAGCUGCGACCACACCUGCACCAGCAUCUCGGCCAGCACCCAGUGCACCCAGAAAUGCUUCGAGGGCUGCCAGUGCAACGAGGGCUUCUUCUUCAACGGGGACGAGUGCGUCCCCGCAGAUUCCUGCGGGUGCCUGUACCGCGGCCGCUACUUCGAGAUCACCGAGACCGUCCUCUCCGCCGACUGCAGCCAGAGCUGCACUUGCCGGGCUGCGGGCGGCAUGCAAUGCCAACCGGCCGGCUGCCCCUUCGGCCAAACCUGCGGCCUCAAAGAUGGUGUCCGAGGUUGCGUGGAGCAACCGGGGCGAUGCACCUUGGCCCCCGCCGCCCGUUUCGUCUCCUUCGACGGAGCGACCGGCACCGCCACAGCCCCCGGCGUCUACGUGAUGGUCUCCCCGUGUGAUUCUCGCCGCCCUACGUGGUUCCGGCUCUUGGCUGACGUUGGGGAGGACAGGGACCGACCGGCCGUGGUGGCCCUUCACCUCUUCAGCCCUCAGGCUUUCCUCACCGUCAAGAGGGACAAGAAGGUCUGGGUCAAAGGGGUCCCGGCCACCCUCCCUGUGAAGGUCUCCGGCACGUUGACCGUCACGGAGAGCCGAGGCAGCAUCUGGAUCAUCCAAGAUCCCGAAUUCACCAUCGGCCUCAGUCCUGCCGGGGAGGUGACGGUGAAGGUGGCCCAGGAGCUGAGCAAACACCUCUGCGGGAUCUGCGGUAACUACGACGGGAACGCGGCCAACGACCUCCGAGGGCCCGACGGGAAAUUGGUGGCGAAUAUGGUGGCGGUUGCCAAGGCCUGGAGAGCGCCCGACUUCAGCCACGUGAGUGUCCCCAGGAGGUGACGACAUCGGUCUUGGGUGAUAUUUGUCAUCUUUCGUGUCCUAGCUCGGUCGUUGGUUGUGUCCCUGUGGGCCUUGGUGCCACCGUCGUGAAGAAACGUCCACCAGUUGGUCCCAUCCCUUUGUAUUAACCAAAAUUGCUUUUUUUUCCCACCGAAUUAAUCCAAGGGGAGCGUUGUCCUUCAUCCCGCCGUCACCAAGAGAUCUUCAUCCAUCAGC